AUGACAGACCUUUCAUCAAACAAAGGGAGGAAGAGGGGGCCUACAACCGUGAUCACAGAGGCCUCGCCAAAAUCUGCCAAGGUCAGCUUCCUCACUCCUUUACUGGUCAUGGAGGUCCCUUCUGACACCAACACCAGUCUGCCAGUGUGGGACGCCAUGCACUCCCAACAGGUGGACGUCGUCUGGACUGUGACACCAUACAGUAUCAAUGUCCGCAUCACGCCUCUCCAAGUCAGGGCAGACUACUAGUACCAGCAAUACUCCUAUCUGUUCUUCUGGCAAAAGCAGCAGCACCACCAGGAUCAUCCAUACAUCAUCAGGCCCAUCCUCAGCCCUAAGCCAGACCCAAAUGAUCAUCCAACCUCUACCACAACAAAUGACCCCAACCAAAAGCACCCCCAGUGUGCUCCUCAUCUUUCCUCAAAGCACCCUCUUUCCUCAACCUGGAGCGGUUACCAUCUCGCCUCACAAGCCCCAGAAUAUGGCACCAGGCCCAGUCAAAACCACCUCUCUCAUCCUCCCCCUGCCUGUCAUCAUCACCCAGCCCCAGCCUGUCCACCAACCUACCACCCCACCCCACCCCAGCCCAAACCCAAGCCACUAGCACUAAUCAGUCCCCUGGUCCAUCCAAGACAGCAGUCAGUCUGCCCUUCCACACAAACACCUCAGGCGACAUCCAGAUCUGCGACCACUUUCUCACUUACUUCUGCUGGAUGGGGAGCAAGUGCAAGCAGCACCACACGCCGUACCCCUUCCACUGGCAGCUGUGGUGCGUCAACAGUCACCAGUGGGUAGACUUCACCCCGCACGCCCAGGUUAAACUAGAGAGGGCCUACUGCAAUGUAAACCGGGAAGAGAUUGGAGUCAAGGAAGGGUGAGUAGUACAGGUAGUAGAUGUAAAUAAUAAAACACUGUCCCUCAGUCCUCAAAGUCUGAGAUUUCCAUGCUUGUUUUUCCUCAUAAUUCCACCGAGUGGUGCAGCGGUCUAAGGCACUGCAUCGCAGUGCUAGAAGCGUCACUACAGACCCAGGUUCGAUCCCGGGCUGUAUCACAACCGGCCGUGAUCGGGAUUCUCUCUCCCAUAGGGCGACGCACAAUUGGCCCAGCGUCGUCCGGGUUAGGGGAGGGUUUGGCCGGGGUAGGCUGUCAUUGUAAAUAAGAAUUUGUUCUUAACUGACUUGCCUAGUUAAAUAAAGGUUAAAAUAUAUAUAUACAAUGGGGGAAAAAAAGUAUUUAGUCAGCCACCAAUUGUGCAAGUUCUCCCACUUAAAAAGAUGAGAGAGGCCUGUAAUUUUCAUCAUAGGUACACGUCAACUAUGACAGACAAAAUGAGAAAAGAAAUUCCAGAAAAUCACAUUGUAGGAUUUUUAAUGAAUUUAUUUGCAAAUUAUGGUGGAAAAUAAGCAUUUGGUCAAAAACAAAAAGUUUCUCAAUUCUUUGUUAUAUACCCUUUGUUGGCAAUGACACAGUUCAAAUGUUUUCUGUAAGUCUUCACAAGGUUUUCACACACUGUUGCUGGUAUUUUGGCCCAUUCCUCCAUGCAGAUCUCCUCUAGAGCAGUGAUGUUUUGGGGCUGUCGCUGUGCAACACGGACUUUCAACUCCCUCCAAAGAUUUUCUAUGGGAUUGAGAUCUGGAGACUGGCUAGGCCACUCCAGGACCUUGAAAUGCUUCUUACGAAGCCACUCCUUCGUUGCCCGGGCGGUGUGUUUGGGAUCAUUGUCAUGCUGAAAAAACUUCUGAAGGCACUGUAUAUCAUCAAAAAGCUAUAUCCCAAUAUGUAACUGUAUCAAAUGUUUUCCCCAUCACUAGCACGGAUGUGUUCACCCUGCACUUUGACACCAUGACGUUAAUGGACGGGGAGAAAUACGAUCAGGUCAGAAGACUCCAGAACACCACCGACCCAACCAAGAACCCUCACCUCUACACCAGGUGGUGUUUCUUCUGGUGGAAUAACCUCAGCUAGACAAAGUACAAAGAUGUGAGUGCUUCAAACCUCUCUCUCAUACCCUUAGAUUUUCACUGAACUUUCACUAUGGCUGAAUGUGUUUUGUUCAUUGCAAAAUAUAAUUCCCUCACAAAUGGUCACCUCUCAUGUUGAGCGAUGUAGGCUUUGACUUACCGGGUUGUCUUGUUGUUAAGGAUGUGUCCAAGAUCCUUCUGGACAAGAUGGAUGCUGGGAAGCUGGAGUGUCGUUUCCACAUCUUAGAGGUGGAAUACAAGGUGGACUUCAUCAGUAUGAUCCAGACCAACGUCACCACAGGGUUUCAGCGGGCCAUCCGAUGCAGACCCUACUACCGUUCCCUUAAGUCUCUGAGAACACAUUUGAGGUACGCGUCCAUGUUUUGUUUUAACCUUCAGGUGGUUGAUUGGUUCAGGUACCUUCCUUUCUAGGCUCUUUUAAACUGUGUUCAAUUAUCUUAAAUCUCAUUUACAUGCACUUGUUUAUGUUAUACACUGCAUGCUCGUCAAACAUCUCAUUCCAAAAUCAUGGGCAUUAAAAUGGAGUUGGUCCCCCCUUUGCUAUAACAGCCUCCACUCCUCUGGGAAGGCUUUCCAUUAGAUGUUGGAAUAUUGCUAUGGGGACUUGCUUCCAUUCAGCCACAAGACCAUUAGUGAGGUCGGGCACUGAUGUUGGGCGAUUAGGCCUGGCUCGCAGUCGGCGUUCCAAUUAAUCCCAAAGGUGUUCGAAGGGGGUUGAGGUCAGGGCUUUGUGCUGGCCAGUCAAGUUCUUCCAAACCGAUCUCAACAAACCAUUUCUGUAUAGACCUCGCUUUGUGCAUGGGGGCAUUGUUAUGCUGAAACAGGAAAGUCCUUCCCCAAACUGUUGCCACAAAGUUGGAAGCACAGAAUCGUCUAGAAUGUCAUUGUAUGCUGUAGCGUUAAGAUUUCCCUUCACUGGAACUAAGAGGCCUACCUCGAAACAUGAAAAGCAGCCCCAGACCAUUAUUCCUCCUCCACCAAACUUUACAGUUGGCACGAUGCAUUCGGGCAUGUAGCGUUCUCCUGGCAUCCGCCAAACCCAGAUUCGUCCAUAGCACUGUCAGAUGGUGAAGCGUGAUUCAUCACUCCAGAGAACGCGUUUCCACUGCUCCAGAGUGCAAUGGCGGCGAGCUUUACACAACUCCAGAGGCAGUUUGGAACUCGGUAGUGAGUGUUGCAACCGAGAACAGGCAAUUUAUAUGCGCUUCAGCACUCGCCGGUCCCGUUCUGUGAGCUUGUGUGGCCUACCACUUCGCAGCUGAGCCAUUGUUGCUCUUAGACGUUUCCAAUUCACAAUAACAGCAGUUACAGUUGACCAGGGCAGCUCUAGCAGGGCAGAAAUUUUACAAACUGACUUGUUGGAAAGGUGGCAUCUUAUGACAGUGCAACGUUGAAAGUCACUGAGCUCUUCAGUACGGGCCAUUCUACUGCCAAUGUUUGUCUAUGGAGAUUGCAUGGCGAUGUGCUCGAUUUUAUACGCCUGUCAGCAACAGGUGUCGCUGAAAUAGCUGAGGCACUAAUUUGAAGGGGUGUCCACAUACUUUUGGUCAUGUAGUGUAUCUCAUAAUUGGGGCCAGGAGAAAUUCUCCACUCUUUUUUUUUCUAACCAGUAGUUCUGUCCUACAGCACCAAAAGGUUGACAGUGUCAUCUCAAGCCACCUGUUGGCAUUUAGACCCUAAAGGGGAUGCACCUGUGUAAAACGACUAACCAUGACUAACCAUGUGUUCAUUAUGUUGAAAUGUAUUUGAAAGAGGCUGUAUUGUCACCAGUAAAAUGAUUGAGCUGCAGGUUAAUGUCAUAGGUCAGGUGGUAGAGAAUUUUUCAGGGUCCUACUCGUAAUGCUGGAAUCACACCAUAUUAGUUCUACUUCAUCAAUAAUAACAUCAACUACAUUCACUAAAACAAUAAUCUACUUGUCUUGUAUAGGACAGGUUUCCUGCUGGAUUGUCUGGCCGGCACAUCCACUGAGCCUUCCCCGGCUAACUUCAGUGUAGACCCCCUGGAGGAGUUCAGCACCUGGUACCCCCCAGUGUGGACCCCUAGCCCCACCCCAGACCAGGACUACAGCAUGGUGGAGGUGCCAGCCAGCACCCAGGCCUUCCAGAAGGUCCACAGCCUCUUCCACAAGACCCUGUUAGAGACCCGGGUGGAGAUAGUCAGCAUCCACCAGAUCCAGAACGUCCUCCACUGGGACAAGUUCCAAAGGUGUGGGUGGGGACUCCCUCUGUCCCUCUUUGAUAUGGAUUCUAUCUUUGUCAGAAUACCCAAUUAUUUUCCUCAUGUACUGUAUAUGACUGUCAUGUGGGAAUGGGAUAAAGGAAAGGAAAAAGGUUGAUAACAUGGUGCAACGUUACAUCACACAACAGAUCAACAUAAUUGUAUUGAUAAGGGUUAUCCAAAUGAGAUGGAGGCGUUUUAUUAUCCUGCUCCAUUUGACCAUGAAUAAAUGUAAUACUGAUAAAAAAACCUAUUAAAUUGAAGAUGAAUACAUACAUUAGGUGGCAUUGUUUGUGUUGUAGGUACAAGGAGCACAUGCAGAAGCGCGGCGACACAAAGGAGGACGAGGCUCUGGAGAGGCACCUGUUUCACGGGACCGUCAGGGACUUCAUCGAGGACAUCUGCCACAACAACUUCGACCCACGCGUCUCCGGAGUCAACGGGUUCACGUACGGCUACGGCUCCUACUUCGCCGGCGACGCCUCCUACUCCAACACAUUCGCUGCGGUGUCACCUGACGCCGGGGUGCGUCACAUGUUCCUGGCCAAGGUGCUGGUGGGAAAGGUGAGCGUGGGCAAGCGCACAUACCGCCGGCUGCCACCCGUCAGAUCCACGAAGGAGGACUACAACCUGUACGACACCUGUGUGGACCAGCUGGUCAACCCCACCAUCUUUGUAGUUUUUGACCGGUGCCAGUGCUACCCCUACUACCUGAUCAAAUACAAAGACCUGCUAGAGGUGGUGGACAUCAAUGAGUAG